GGAGAGUGAAGGGUCAUUCUGUACAGUCAAUAGACACAUUCUCUCAGAGGAGAAAGAAUAGAUUUAAAAGGAUUGAAUAAGGUGGUUCUGGACUCUACUUCUGCUCUCCUCCUUCUAAAGACUUUCUUUGCAAAAAAGGAAUGAAACUUAAUCCUCAGUCUCCUUUUGUGGUCCACGGAAGAAAGUCAGUUAAUUGUGUUUGGAACAACAUGAGGGAUGUCUCAGAGGAGUAAAGCAUCCUCAAAAGAAAGCACCUCUCAUGGUCCUUCAUCCUCAUCAGAAGGCCCUCCUCCACGCUCUGCUCUUCGCAGCUCCUCCAAAGAGUCGAAAAACUCAGCAGGUCACAAGGGCUCUCCAGGUCACCAAGGACGCCGCGGCAGUAGAUCUUUCAGCCAGAAUUCAGCCAUUGCUGCGGCAUACACACAGUAUCUCAAUGCUCUCUUUGGACAAGACAGAGAUUUACUGCCAGAGGAACUAGAUGAGCUGCUUGUAGCGUUUAAAGAGUUUGACUAUGAUCAGGAUGGGUAUUUGCAUUAUAAAGAUGUUGCAGACUGCAUGAGAACUAUGGGGUACAUGCCAACAGAGAUGGAACUGAUUGAGAUCAUCCAGCAGAUCAAAAUGAAAUGGGGAGGUCAUGUGGACUUUGAUGAUUUCUGUGAAUUAAUGGGGCCCAGGAUGCUAGCUGAGACGGCACAUAUGGUCGGUCUAAGGGAGCUGCACUGCGCUUUCAAACAGUUUGAUUGUGACGGUGAUGGACGGAUCACCUUUGAAGAGUUAAAGGAGUCCACAAAGACGCUGCUCGGGGAGAAACUGAAGAAGGGAGAACUGGAAGAGAUUCUGAUGGACAUUGACCUCAACGGAGAUGGGAAUGUGGACUUUGAUGAGUUUGUUAGGAUGCUGUCUAUUCGGUAGCUGAAUGGUUUUUCCAUACCUGUCAACUCAAGCAUGGAUCAUCAAACCACCUAUGCUGUCACUCAAAGUUGUUUAAUACUUUGUGUAUAAACUGCCAUGAGUAUAUUUAUGUGGCAAAUGUACAGAGUAGAUAUUUGUAUUAAAUAAACUAACAUUCGAUGUGACUGGAAAAGAAUGUUCUGGUGUUUUAGAGCCUGAAUGGCAAAUUAUCUAAUCAGAACAGAGAACAAAUAUGAGUUAUAAAGCAUCUGCUAUUGCACAAUCAGUGACACUGUGCUGCCACCUAUUGGAGAUUUAUACGUAGGCUGCUUAUACAUAUUAUGUAUCAACCCUUUAAGAGUGCAUCUCGGCUCUUUAGUGACCCGGGACCUCAUUCCACCCCCUGUACCUUAUCAAUGUUUUGGAGUUAUGCCCACACAUCUUUAGUAUUCCUCAGACUUUCUCUUCUGAAUAGUGUAACAACAAGAAAAAUAAAUUGUUGCAAAUUAUUUAUUUUUUAAAUAACUGCUUAAUUACCAAAAGUGUAUAGGGUCAAUAAAGA